CUAUCUCUAAUUUGUUUAUAGUCUCAGCCAUGGCAAAGAAACCUAGCAUGGGUCGUCAAAAGAUCAAAAUUGCCAAGAUAGAAGUCAAGAAUCACCUCCAAGUUACCUUUUCAAAACGUCGUUCUGGUCUUUUCAAGAAAGCUAGUGAACUAUGCACACUCUGUGGUGUUGAAAUAGUCAUUGUAGUUUUUUCACCCGCAAGAAAAGUUUUUUCUUUCGGCCACCCUAAUGUUGAGUCCAUUAUCGAUAGGUUCCUAUCAAGAAAUAAUCUUAAUAAUAAUCCAAUCGCAAAUAAUUCACUUCAUCUUGUUGAGGCUCAUCGAAAUGCUAGUGUUCGUGGGCUCAAUUUGCAACUUACUCAAAUUCUUGGUGAGCUUGAAACUGAUAAGAAAAGAGGAGAAUCACUUGAUCAAAUGAGGAAAACUAGUCAAAGCCAAUAUUGGUGGGAAGCUCCUAUAAGUCAACUUGAUUUGCAUGAACUUGAACAAUUAAAGGAUUCAAUGAAGGAUUUGAAAACAAUUGUGACUAAUCAGGCAAGCAAGUUCAUGAUUAAUGAGACUGCUAAUUCUUCUUCUUUUUUUGGUGUUAAUGGUAAUGGGAUUUUUGACAACUAUGAUAUCAAGCCAGCUCGAAACAUAGUUGCUUCAAAUAAUCUUCACAACCAUAAUUUUGGUUUCGAUUCAGCUGCAUUUUUUUAAUUCUUUUGUGGUUCUUCAGUAUGUGGUGCCUGCUUUGGGCCUGACUAAUUCUCGCCGGAGAACUUACUUUACUUUGGGUAAAGCUAGCGUGCUCCUUAUGCCACUCCAUGCCAAUUGCCAUGACUAAGAAUGGGGGACUAUACUUAUCACCCCAUCACAACCUUUGAUGGACCCUUUUAUUUUUAUUUUUAUUUAUUAAUUAAAUCCAACUAGUACCUCACUAGCUGGCUUAAUUUGCUCGGAGUUUUAUAGUUCUCAGUUUGUGUAUUUAU